UGACACGGAAGUAGAGAGGCUGAAAGAGUUGGAUGGCUCUGACGUAAAGAAAAGAUGAAUCCGUGGAGAGGGACGAAGGCAGAAGGCCGCCGAGUGAUUCAAUAAGAACGCGUCAGUCGGUGAAGAAUUAAAUGUUCACUUCAAGUAAAGGAGAGCAUGUUCCCUAAUUCCAAUCUGGGUCGUCCACCCUUUUCUCCUGCCCUCUUUUCACAGCAACAGUUUAUCAAUGCUCAUAACUUCAGGAAUGCAACCCUUUCUGGUACCAUCCUGGCAGGAGUCGUUGCUCCACAAUCACCACGGGUGUGGCCCUUCAGUAAUAUGUGCCCUAACUUUUCACUGGCUCUACCCAGUAAUCAUGGCAGGAAGCGAAGAAAUGAUGACCAGAGCAGUCCUUAUGAAGUUAAGCGCCAACGGUUUCAGUCACCAUCUUCUCAACCAUCUGGCAGAUCAGUGCCUUUUCUAGUUGAUCACAGGAAUUCUGUACCUUCACCUGGAAUAUCAGCUCUGCUUCCACUUACUGAGUUUCCACAAAAUUCACUCAAAGGGGCUGGAGAUAAGUUAAGUCAACAAAUUUUGGAUCUCUUCUGUAAUUGCCAACAACAGUCGAUUGAUCUGGAAAAAAAGGAUCUAUGCAGAACUCAAAUCCAGAGAGAAAUCCAGCGAAUCUUUCCACAGACAAAGCUGUACUUGGUUGGUUCAUCACUGAAUGGCUUUGGUACUCGAUACAGUGAUGCAGACCUGUGCCUUGUGUUGAAGGAAGUGCCAAUGAACCAAAGGAGUGAAGCAUGUCACAUACUCAGUUUAAUCCAACAACUUUUCUACAGACUCUCUUACAUUGACAGACCUCAACUGAUCCGAGCAAAAGUGCCAAUAGUAAAAUUCAGGGAUAAAGUCAGUGGUGUGGAAUUUGACUUGAAUGUAAACAAUGUUGUGGGAAUAAGAAAUACAUUCCUUCUGAGGAGCUAUGCAUCUACUGAGAGCCGCGUUCGUCCUCUGGUGCUGGUAGUGAAAAAGUGGGCACGUUACCAUGGAAUAAAUGAUGCUAGUCGUGGCACAUUGAGUAGCUAUUCUUUAGUACUGAUGGUAUUACACUAUCUACAAACUUUACCUGAACCUGUCAUUCCAUCUCUCCAGAAGGAGUACCCAGAGUGCUUUGAGCCCACUAUGCAGCUGCAGUUUGUUCACCGAAGAGGAAGCAACAUUAGCCCAUACAGCUCAUUAAAUAACUCAAAUCUGGGAGAUCUGCUAAUGGGAUUUCUGAGAUAUUAUGCUACAGAAUUUGAUUGGAGUAAUUCAAUAAUUUCAAUUCGUGAAGCCAAAGUGAUUCCCAAAACCAAUGAAAUGGAGUGGAAAAAUAAAUAUAUUUGUGUUGAAGAACCCUUUGACAGAACAAACACAGCUCGAGCUGUACAUGAAAAAUGCAAGUUUGACAUGAUCAAAAAGGAAUUUGUACAGUCAUGGCACAAACUUAAAGAGAAGAGAGAUUUGUUCAGCAUUCUGCCGGAAGCUGUUGCAACAGAGUGCAGGGGAAGAUGAUGGACUGGCCCUACUUACAGAUGCAUUUAAGUUAAGAAAAGUUGAAGUAGAAACCCUGUUGCAAACAAACAUUGAGGAGAUUUCGUCUGGCAAUGAUGUUAGUUAAAAUAUUUAACUUAAGAUUUUUUUGACUUCUACAUGGCAACAAAUACUAUGGACCUUUUUUUUUCCUACAUUUGUCACAAAAAGCUGGCAUUGGAGUCAUCAUAAUAAGGACACUGAAGAAUAGAAUCCUAGAAUUAAGGACAGAUGAUUAAUAAAACAAAGUCUUCUUUUGAAAGAUCCUUCUGAAUCCUCAAAGGUAAAACACUUAUUUAAAUGAUCUUAAUUGAUUUGCUGCAAAGUUCAGUCUGUGCAAUGUGGUAAGGAGUGGGGUGGGCCCAAAGGAUAUAGAACUCAAUUAAAGAUAUUUACCAUGUGCAUCUUCUUAGUUGCACAAUGUUGAAUGAUGACAGGCCUAUUGCUUGCAAUGUAAUACCUAUAGUUGACUUCCAAUUAUUUUGUUGAAAGUAAGUAUCCUGUUUUGUUAAUAACAAUGAUUACUGCCUCCAUUUUCAGAUUGAAAAUGACAUUUAUCCGGUUUCCCUCCUUCUGUAACAUAUGCUGAGCAAAUACAUUCUUCUCUUACUUUGGUUUCUUACCGCUAAAAUCAGUAAAACUUUAUUCAAGCAUGGUAAUAACAUUUGUUAUCCUUCGUAAGAAUAAAAGCUAAAAUAUCUUGUAGGAUGCUGAGCAAAAUACUGCUGAAAGGUGAUGUAAUGUUUUCAAUUUAUUUAUUAAACCAUUCUAGCAACCAAAUUCUAAACAGUGCUCUCUUUUUAAAGUAAUUAUUUCAUUACUUUUAUGUUUACUGAUGUUUGUUGUAUAAAGUAUGGAAAUAAUUUUUUGCUAUGUUCUAUUUUUUUUGGAAAUUCCCUUUUGUAUUUUGUAUGUUGUCUAAAUUUAAAUAAAGUUUGCAUAUGAAAAAAACUUCCUGAAUUGAGCAUUUACAGUGAAAUAUACUAUUUUCAUGGUUGUUUAUUCAGCUUCCAUUCUGUUGUUGUGAAUAGAGACCCCAAAAUCUCACUGGUUUCAGAAAUGACAACUAUAAUUUGAAACUGACAAAGGAAUAUUUAAAGCUUGGUACUUGCAUGCAGUUUGACACAAUAUUGCACCUUAUAAAUAGAGCAAAGAAUCGCGCCUGCUGCAAGAGGAAAUUUGAAUUGGUUAAGCGUUUGCACGGCCACAAUAAAAUACUUAGCUUUUAGAAUAGUUUACUGUUAUGCUGGGUAACAGACAUAUGAGGCAAAUUUGAUUUUUGUAUGAAAAUUUUUUUUAAAUUGCAGAUGCAAAAAGAAACAAUGAAGGAAAAAGCCUGAAAUACUGAACAAGUCGGGCAGCAUCUACAGAAAGAAGUAGUUAGUGUUUCAGGUGCUAGACCCCACUUUAUCUGAUCUGAAGAAGCGUCUUGAGUUUGAAAUCAGUUUCUCAUUCCACAGUGCUCUCUGACUUACUCAGUGUGUCCAGUACUUAAUGUUUUUAUUUUGUCUUUUACUUAUAUUGAAAUGAUUGCCAAAUCAAUCCAAUUCUGAAUUAAUCGUGUCAUUUAAAUAGACCUAAUAUUUUCUGUAAUUUCAGGAUCAU